AUAAUGGAUUUCCUUAAAUUAACUUUUGAUAAGCUAGAAGUUGGCGACAUAAGUGAUCUGGUGUCUCACGAGAGUUGUGGUGCUAUUUCGCUCUUCGUUGGCACAACGAGAGAUAACUUCGAGGGCAAGACGGUUGUUCUAUUACAAUAUGAAGCGUACGAAGGGAUGGCUCUAAAAUCGAUGAAAGGUAUUUGCGAUGAAUUGCGCGCUCGCUGGUCGGACAUUAAACACAUUGCUAUUCAUCACCGUUUGGGAACUGUCCCGGUCAGGGAGGCCUCGGUCGUGAUAGCCGUAAGCUCGCCCCACAGGGUGAGCAGUUUGGAGGCGGUACAUUUUGCCAUCGAUGAGCUGAAGAAGAGCGUUCCCGUGUGGAAGAAGGAACAGUACGCGGCGGGAGAAGGAUGCUCCGAGUGGAAGGAAAAUAAGGAAUGCAUGUGGUCUAAGAGUUAUAAAAGUGAGCACUUGUCUUGACGGCUCAGUCCUUGGUAUAAACAUCAAUUAAUUUAGCACAUAGCAUAAGUUUCGUAGGCAACGUCUACAAAAUUUAGGCAGUUUAGUUCAUAUCAAAAGGUGUUCUCUAACAUCACACGGUGCAAUUAUGGUUUUGUUUUCCUUUGUUUUUUUCGUCACAGUAAAUAUACAUUCAUGUUAGUUACUUUUAAAACGACAAUUUAACGAUUUAUGUUACAUUACAAUUGCAAAUAGCAUACAUAUGAAUAUAGAUAAAUUAUAGUAGAAUAUAAAAGGGUUCAACACUGAUUCUGUUUCUCUGA